CAAAAUUCCAAGAAUGGUUGAAACGUGUCUGUAGACAUAUGAAUCACAAACACGAAAACGUACCCUGUUUUUUGCUUGUACGCAUUUUUUAACUAGUUUAGUUUAAUUGAUACGUUCUUUUCAUCUAUUCUGCACGACUAAUAUUGUUUCUGCUUACCAUUUAUAGUCACUACUUGUACAGUCAAAGAAAGAACCCAUACACUUACAUACAACUACUCAUUCCGUUAUCUUUUGUUAAGAGACAAUCAACCUUUACAAAAGAUCUAUAUAAACUUAACGAAUAUUUGAAAAUAGUUUCGAUCAAUUGCUCUAAUAUUUGUUUAUCAAAGGUUUUAGUUACUCGAAAAAGCACUAGUACUCAGGCGUAACGACAACUUCUAGAUUCUUGUUUAUUCUUGAUAAAAAGAAAUUUUCACGUCGCCUUUUUGAUCCUUUCUACAUAUUUGCAUUGACGAUUAUGUUUGUAUGAGUCUUUAUUGAUCACCAUAAGUAUUUCCAACUUCAUAAUACUCUUACUCUUGGUAUUUAAACGGUACUUGAAUUUAUUAAAUUUCCAAAGAAACACAUUGUAACUACAAUUGAUUGAAUUUAAUUGUCUACGGAAAGACUCAUGACGGAGACGAAUAAUGCUGCUGAACCGAUGGAUCCUCCAAAGGAGAAGGGUGUAAACGCAUUGUCUUCUAAAAUUUAUCAAAGGCCGAAAUCUCAGAUGUUUUCUAAUGAUCCAGAGACAUACAAAGGUUCACAUAGUCCAAGCAGAUCUUUACCGUCUGAAAAGCUAAAGCACCAGCAAGAAUUUGUGGUCACCGAUAAGGUAAAGGGAGUAAGUGUUCCCCCUUUACUUCACAAAAGAAGCACAUCUGUUGGGAACCUCAGCUCUAAUUCUCGUUUAUCUUCCAAAAAUAACUUUGCACCCAGACAAAGAACACAUUCCUCGUUUGUCCCACAAGACAACGAGAAAAGUGGAUAUAAUCAAAGCCAGAAAAUGAAAGAGAAAUUAAAAUCGAUACCAGCUUCAAGGUUUCAAAUAGCAAGACUACGUCUAAGAAGCUUUUGGGAUUAUGUUUGUUUAGAGUUGACUGCCUCUGAUACCGUAUCUGCUAAUCCAAUUAAGCAAACCAUGGUCAAAAACUUCUUUGCUACUCCGCUCUCUAUCGAAAAGACUCUUCUUUAUGGAUGGUUUGUUUGCGUCGAUAGCUUCCUUUACGUCUUUACCCUUUUACCCGUACGUAUUUUCCUAUCCAUUCUGUUUUUAUUUCAGUUCAUCUCUUAUAAUAUCUUUUCUUUUUUAUUCCCUCGAAGCAAAGUGACUUCAAUGGCUUUUUCCAGGUGCAGGAAGAUUGAUCUUAUAAAAAUCUCCUUGCUACUUUGGACAAGUAUAUUAAUCCGAAGACUUGACGUUAGUCGUCUAUACCAUGUUAUUCGGGCGCAAGCUAGCAUUCGUUUUUAUGUUUUAUAUAAUGUUUUAGAAAUCGCGGAUAGACUCUGUGGUGCUUUAGGACAAGACGUUCUUGAUUGUUUGUUUGCCGACUACAAUCUCUCCUUCCAAUUUUUUGACAUUUCAGGUUGGCUAAGGUUUUUCUACUACUACUUUAUCUCUCUUGCGUACAUGGUUUUGCAUACAUUGGUUCUUCUAUAUCAAAUAGUUACUUUAAACGUAACCGUGAACUCUUACUCUAACGCAGUUCUUGCUCUAUUGAUGUCAAAUCAGAUGGUAGAGAUUAAAGGAUCUGUGUUUAAAAAAUUUGAAAAAGAAAAUUUGUUCCAGUUAACAUGUUCAGAUGUCAUUGAGCGUUUUCAAAUUACAGUCAUGGCGAUAGUCAUUUUUUUUAGAAAUUUAACAGAAAUGUAUACUACUUCCUCACUAGAUGCCCCCUUAAUAACUUUUGACCGUCUUAAAACAUUGAUGGCCCCAUUUUUUUGGGUCAUUGGUUCUGAAUUAGUUGUGGAUUGGCUCAAGCAUGCUUUUAUUAUAAAGUUUAAUUAUGUUAAACCAAGUAUUUAUGGACGUUUCACUGACGUCCUUUGCCAUGAUUAUGUUGCUGCUGGUGGACGUCCUACUCAGACUAUCACUGGAAAAUCUCAGCACGUUGCGCGAAGAAUGGGCCUUCCGGUUCUUCCGCUUGUCUGUGUUUUUAUUCGGACCUCCAUGCAAACGUGGAGUAUGUUUCGAUCAACACAUUCCAUGAAACAAGAGAUUGCGAAAUCUAUGGGAGUACUUCUUCCGACCGGAGAUAACUACAUUUAUUACCUACCAAAAGGACAGUCCCAAGUAUAUAACAUCGAAAAAGAGCCUUCAUGGGAAUCAAUUUUCUUAUCCUGGUUACAAGGGAAGGCAGGGAUUGCUAUAUUGUUCUUCAUUUUGCUCAUGCUAAAACUAAUUUUGGGAAUGGCUCUCCUUUCGUUUGCUCAAUCUAGAUACAGGUCUAUGAAGGUAGGAGAAGAAGAUACAGAAGCAUGGGAAAAAGAACGCAAAACGAAUAACUUUUUUAGAGGACAUAUAGAAAUUGACAAUCCAACCAAAACUUAUCUUAAUAACUCCAAAGAUGAUUUGCCCGUCAGCAAGGGCCAACUACUCACAUUAGAGAGAUACUCAAUGUUUUCUAAGCGUAUAUGGUAAUUCAAUGACCCUAAUUCCCGUACCACUAUUUUAUUUUACGCACGACAUGGCGAUGGAAAAACGGAAGCAAAAUGAUUCAUAAUCAUACACUAACAUAUUAUUAAUACUUUAAAUAUUCUUUUCUUUUCAAAAAUAAUGCAGUAUCCACUUUCAAACUUUGAACACGAGCACAAACCACGUUAAACAAUUAAAGCUGAGAAGCGUUUUCGA